AUGGCUUUAUCAAGAAAAUGUGUUUUUCUCGUGUUCUUAUGUCUAAUUGUUCUCUCCAUAAUCCCAAGAUCUACAAACGCAAAGCCAUUGUUGAUAGGUACAUGCGUGCAGUUUCCAAUAGAAAAAUGCAUUAAGACAUGUAUUGAGUCGAAUUUUGCUGGUGGCAAAUGCGUUCGUAUUGGAGGUGAUGUUCAUGAUGUUGUAUGUGUUUGUAUUCCAAAGUAUUUUUAA